UUUUAUUGUGUUUACAUCGUCAAUCAUAGAAGUCAAGCGGCCACGUGGAACGUCAGAUUUCAUCUUUACUAAACACUACUGAAAUCUACAGCAGAUGAGGUACUCGGGUACACUAUUUACCAAACCUCUUCUUGUGGGUCUUGGAAUUGUUGUUCUGAUAUUUUUUAUCAUCAACGUCUCGUAUGACAUCGAGAAGAAACGAGAAGCGGAGAAAAGGCGCGAACAUCGGGCACAUCUCAAAAGACAAAAUUUAGACAAUUUGCUAUUUCAUCCCCGAAAAGUGCAUCAUGGUCGGAAAGUGAUUGGAAAUCUAGAUUGGCAUAGUGGCGAUGUAAUCCCAGUGUUCUUCCGAAAAAAUGUCAAGGAAUUAAAAAUGAAUUGUGAUCCUCUUUUUAGGGGAUCCAGUGUAGCUUUAUCAAGGGCCAAGCAUAUUCAUCUACGACAUCCUAGAAGAUCCAUUUCGCCCUCAAAGUAUGACAUUCUGACGAAAAAAUGCGACAGGUUCAAAUACUACCGCAAUUAUAUCACUGGUCCCCUAACAACCAAAGAAAACAAUUAUCCCAUAGCUUACAGCAUCAUUGCAAAGAACUCAGUUUUUCAAUUUGAAACUUUACUCCGUGCUAUCUACAGGCCUCAGAAUUUCUAUUGCGUCCACAUCGACAAAAAUGGCUCCAAAGAAAUACGCCGCGCGAUCCAAAACAUAGCCCGAUGUUUCCAGAAUGUGUUUGCCAUCAGUCUGGAAUCUAGCGUUACGAGAGGAGAGUUAUCCCACUUGAAAGCCGAACUCGGCUGUUUACGGAGUCUGCUAAAACACGGAAAGUGGAAAUAUUUCAUCAAUUUGUCAGAGAACGAUUUUCCAUUAAAAAUUAACAGCGACAUUGUAAAUAUACUCAUGUCACUGAAAGGCGCCAACAGUAUCCAGGGAAUUCCAAUGGAUCCCCAAACUGAGAAGGGCACAGGAAAGUUAACCAAAGGAAUCAAACCAUUCACAGGCGAGGGUGACGUAAUUAUGAACAGAGAGACUGCCCAAUUCGCUGUCAAUCAUCCAUCUGCGCAAUCCUUGUUGUCAUGGGCAGAAAAAACGAAAUAUCCCCAGCACACAUUUUAUGCAACAUUGAAUUACAACACACAAUACAAAAUAAAAGGAUCUUAUAGAGGUCCAACCGAUUUGCCACAUCUCAGUAACCAGGCGCACAUUGCAAAAUUUGUGGAUGCCAAGAAUUCCUCUGGUCACGCGUGUCACGGGUCAAGGUCUGCUCAAGGAUAUUGCACAUUUGGGGUUGGGGAUUUACCGUACCUCGUGAACCGGAAGGAGUUAUUUGCAUACCGUUUCCGGUGGGAUACAGAUCGUCUUGUGUUACAAUGCUUAGAACAGAUGAUCUACCAGCGAUCUAAAGAACAAUUUAUGUACCCCAAAGAUUAUGAUUUGUCUUUUUACAAACACUUGGAUAUAGUAUUGCAUCAAAUCUGAUGAAAAAUUUAUUUUAUGUAAUUUCUCAAUUUUUUAAAUACAUAAAUUUUAGUGGAACUCAA